CUUUUGAAAUUUUAAAUAUUUUAAGAUGGACAUGAAUACUAACAACAUUGUAGGAUCAGUUCUCGGCGAAAGAAGACUGGAAAUGAAAGAUUCUACAAACAUCAUACACCUCAAGGACCAGAAGUAUUACCAAGAUAAAAACAGGAGGAAAUUAGAAGAGUUAGUGACACAAGAGAAUAAAGAAAACACUAAUCUUGUGACACUUAGUAGAAAAGACUCAAAAAGAGACCAAAGGAAUAAUAGCUCUGAGCCCAAAAGUACCGGACAAACGAAUCAAUGUUGAGAUAAAGAGAAUGUCCCUUUCCAUGCUUUUUCUCCCCAACCACAGAGAAAAGGCUUACUUCCUAGAGUUCAGAGGCUUCGGGAUAAAGGCAAGAAGACACUGAUACUUGAUCUUGACGAGACUCUUGUCCAUUCCUCUUUUGAUAAGUGAAAAUGUGACUUAGAACUCCCCAUCAUAAUGGAUAACCAGAGAUAUAUAGUCUAUGUCAAAAUCAGGCCCCGAGCAAUAGAUUUUCUGCGAAAAAUUACUAAAUACUACGAAGUUGCCAUUUUCACAGCUUCAGUAGCAGACUAUGCUGACCCACUAAUCGACAAGUUAGAUACAAAUAAUUAUGGAUUCUAUAAAUUAUUUCGGGAACACUGAACUUACAACGGAAAUUACACUAAAGAUUUGUCAAAACUUGGCAGAGAUCUAAAAGACUGCAUUAUUGUGGACAAUCUACCCAAAAGUUAUGUGAACCAGCCAGAGAAUGGCAUCCCGAUUCUCUCAUGGUAUGAUGAUAGAAAUGAUAAAGAGCUCGACGCUCUCUUUCCAUUGCUAAUCGCUCUCUCUAAGGUAGGAGAUGUUCGAAAACGUAUUAAAAGAUUUGUGAAGAAAGACAGAAUCGAUUAUGAAUCCUUAUUCUCUGCAUUUGAAAAGAAACCAGAUUUACACCACUUUGUACGCAAGAUAUUAGGGAUUAAGCGGGCUCCAUUCUCACCAAGAAGACAUGCUAAAUCACCAAAGGAUAAUUUGGACUCUAAAAGAGACAAGGAAAAUAGGAAUAUUACCUCUAAUGAUCCUGAGAGCUCAUCUAAAAAAAAAUAAAGCAGCUAAAAAGAAAAUGAUCAAGAAAAAUAGCUAUGAAUCUCCCAAGAAAACCAAAAGGAGCAAGAACAAAGUAAUAACUCUCGAAGAGAAUUAUUCUCAAACUAAGACUUACCAGAAAGGAAAUCUUGACUCAAUAAAACGUGAAGGUAGACAGAGAGAUCAUGAUUCAAGGCAGACUCCUUCUAAGACAAAUUCUUCCUGUAAUGACUCCACUCUGAAGAAGGCUAAAAGACCUGAACAGAUUGUCCUCUCAAGGAAGGACUCAAAUCCUUCCCAAACCUGCCACAAGCCCACCAGUAUCAAAGUGGAGCAAUAAAAGUGAUCAGUCUAGAGACUCCUCAGAAUUCUUCAUUUAAUUCUGUUCCA